UUCUCCAGGGAUAACUAAGUUCACCAGAAGCAAUGAGUAAAGGGGGUCUAGAACUGGAUGUCUCCCACAUCUCAGGAAGGAUGGUGAAACUAGGGAAUAAUUUCAGUGAGAAGAGCACAAAGCAGCCCCUCUUGGAGGAUGGAUUUGACACUAUCCCCUUGAUCACACCCCUGGAUGUCAAUCAGCUACAGUUCCCACCUCCUGAUAAGGUUGUGGUCAAAACAAAAACAGAAUAUGAACCUGAUCGCAAGAAAGGAAAAUUUCGUACCCCCAAGAUAGCUGAAUUCACAAUCAGCAUCACUGAAGGAGUUUCGGAAAGAUUUAAGGUAACUGUUCUGGUCCUUUUUGCCCUUGCGUUCCUAACAUGUGUUGUAUUUCUAGUAGUCUACAAGGUUUACAAGUAUGAUCAUACCUGUCCAGAAGGAUUCGUUUUCAAGAAUAAUCAAUGCAUUCCAGUUGGAUUAGAGAACUACUACUCUGAACAAGACUCCAGCGCUCGAGGGAAAUUUUACACCGUCAUAAACCACUACAAUCUGGCCAAACAAACCAUCACACGUUCAGUGUCUCCAUGGAUGACAGUACUGUCAGAAGAGAAAUUGUCUGAACAGGAGACUGAAGCUGCUGAGAAAUCAGCUUAGUGCGAUAAGCUAAUUAUUAAUAUGUCAUUUGAAGGUAACUAAGGGACUUUAAGGAACUUUUCAUUAAAUAUAAUUAUGGAUAAUUUAGAGGUUACUCAUGUUUAUGGUGCAAUUGCUUCUGUUUGCUGAUACUGCUUUGCAAAAAAUAAAACUUGCUACAAAACAUUCAUGGGCAUAAAAUAAGGUGCAUAUCAGCAUCGCUUUAGAGCUCUGACACCAUUUUCAAUGUUAAGAAAUCAACUUUAGAUAUUUUCUUGCAAUUUACUGGACGCUGACAAUUUUUCACUGGAUUUUUCAGUGGUUUGGACUUCACAUAAUGUGCUUUAUUGUCUGAACUGAUACUUUUCGUUUUUAUUACAUAGCCAUUUUUGCAAACUGAAACACCAUAGCCAUAACUAGAGUGAUCUCUUGUUUAGCAAAGAGCUGUAUUUAAAACAUGUUUUCAGCUCAAGGCUGAUAUCAAGGACUUGCUGUAAUGAUUAGAAUGGAGAAAGAAAAACUGUCAGGUAGCAUAUUUUUCUUCACUGUUGAUUUGUAAGUGAUAAUGAAGUUCUCUGCAACAAGGCAUGCUCAAUGUUUUAUUAUUACUGUCAACAAAAUUUCACUACAUUCCCACUAUGGCUUUAGUAUGUUAGUAAGGAUGUGCACUGAAACACAAACUAGAUAGGACACAGUGGAGCGAGAGACACACUUUUAGUUAUGGAUUUGUUCAGGUUGUGUAAAAACAACUUAUGAACUGGAGGGUGUUCUGAUGAGAAAGGACAUCCUUUGAUCACAUUGAAGAAAGAGGCAGAAAGCCUUUCACUCUCGAUGUAGUCCGCCCUCUGUAAUUUGUCUGAUAUGACAGAGGGAGUAACACUUUAAAAAAAUCCCUUUUAUACAACAUUAACACUUUCCCCCUUUUUAUAUAUAUUCUGAAUUGCUUUGAGUUAACUAUGCUGUUUGCAAUUUGCUAAUUUUUAAACUACAGGACAUCACAAGUGAAACUAAUGUAUUAGUUUACGCUACUUGCUGUUUUAAAGUGACAUGUCAAAACGGAGUGAAGAAGCAUAACUCUGUUUAUGUAUGAUUUUGGAGGAAAAAAAGAUAUAGACAAGCCUAGUACUGUGGGUGCACGUUCAAGUUUGAUGUUUCAUUGUAUUGACAAAUUUCUUAUUUUGUA